GGUGCGGGCGGGCCUGUGUGUUGGCGGCGCCGGGGCUCGCGGGAGCUGCUCGGAAGCUCGGCCGCCGGGAGGAGGCCGCGGCCACGCUUCCUGGCAGUUACGGUGGGGCUCCUCUGAAGAACCAUGAAGUCAGACUAUGUUGUGCUAACUCUAGCCUCCCUAAUGUUCCUGAUAUGUCUCCCUGUGUCACAGAGCUGUAACAAAGCACUCUGCGCUAGCGACGUGAGCAAAUGCCUCAUUCAGGAGCUCUGUCAGUGCCGGCCUGGAGAAGGAAGCUGCCCCUGCUGUAAGGAGUGCAUGCUGUGCCUGGGGGCCCUGUGGGAUGAGUGCUGUGACUGCGUGGGCAUGUGUAACCCUCGGAAUUACAGCGACACACCUCCCACUUCCAAGAGCACAGUGGAGGAGCUGCACGAGCCCAUCCCUUCCCUGUUCAGAGCGCUCACCGAGGGAGACACCCAGCUGAACUGGAACAUCGUCUCCUUCCCUGUGGCAGAAGAACUCUCUCACCACGAAAAUCUAGUUUCCUUUUUAGAAACUGUGAACCAGCCGCACCACCAAAAUGUGUCUGUUCCCAGCAACAAUGUUCACGCCCCCUACCCCAGUGACAAAGAGCACAUGUGCACGGUGGUUUAUUUUGAUGACUGCAUGUCCAUACACCAGUGUAAAAUAUCCUGUGAGUCCAUGGGAGCGUCCAAAUACCGCUGGUUUCAUAAUGCCUGCUGUGAGUGCAUCGGUCCCGAGUGUAUCGACUAUGGCAGCAAAACGGUCAAGUGUAUGAACUGCAUGUUUUAAAGAAGGAAAAGAAACGCACAUCAAAGCGGUUUAGUUAGCAGGAGGACAUGACAAUUGCUCAUAAGUCAUGAAGUGUGCAGAAGUCAGGAGUCAGGAGUGCUAGGACCAUGUUAAAUUAUAUUGUUAGAACUGUACUUUGUAUGUUCGCUGCCUAUUGUGUAUGUCUCUUCCGUUGGAUGCAGUAGAACUUCAGUCAUAUGAGAAUCAGGGUACAGAGGAAUCCUGGGAGAUGUGAAGGUCUGAAGAGAGACUGGUGCUUUUGUUUGGAAAGUGAUCGAGAAGACUGUUAACAGGAAGUCCUAGGUCACCAGGUCUCCAUGCUCACACCUUUCCUAACUGUGCCUUGCAUUGCUUAUCUGUUUCAUAUAAAGCGAGUCAGUAGUGCAGUGCAGACUUCGAACUCACAUUCAAGCCGCUGCAGAAGCUUAAUUUCAAACCACUUUACAUUGGUCUUAGAAAGUAAAUAUUUACUGAUUUUACAACAGAAAACUUGUACCUAGGGCAAGUAAGCUGCCUCAGUGGGUAAAGGUGCUUGCUGCCACGCCUGGUGCCUGAGCUCGUUCCCCGGUCCCCAGAGCCUGUACAGUGGAAGGAGAGAACCCGCUCCCGAAAGUUGUCCUCUGACCUCCACACAUGCACAGUGACUACAUGCAGGUAUGCACAUAGGUGUAAGUACACGCACACGCGCGCACACACACACACACACACACUAAGUAAACAUUUAAAGGCAUUUUAAACCUCUCACGUGGUGAAAUCUGUCCUGUAGCACUCAUGCUGACGAUUUAGACCCAACCUUCCACUCCCAUCCAUAGUGCUGAUGUGUGGAUAUAGGCAGGUGAGUAUCUACCAAGAAUGGCAGCACAGCGUUGAAACUCCAUAAAAGCACUGUGAGGAUGUGGCUGCGGGAGCAGCCAGGUGAGAGCGCGACUGUAGAUCACGUGAUGCCACCUCAGGCACCAGGAAGCAGCUGUCCUUUUCCAGGUGCACAGCAGAGGUGAAAGUGAGGUGCACCAGGCGGAGGGUCAGUCUCCACACCAGCAGAACAGCCAGCCUCUCCAGCACGUGAGACUGCAGAGGGUGAAGAGGAGUUUACAGAGAAGGGCGGGAAUGGCGGGAACUCUUAGUAGGAUCCACUUUAAAACCAUUUAUAGUCACUAGUUUUGUUACUUUGUAAUAAUCACAUUUGUUUCUGGAUAUCUGAAUCUAAUAUUCUUAUUAAGUAAGCAUCAUAUUUUGGGAAUCUAUAUUUCUGAAAGUGGAGGGGGAAUCUGUUUAAUAUGUUCACUCCUAGCAUACUGCAGAAUUAUCUAGUUAGCUGCUUAUGUAGUGUUUCCAUAGAGACAAGCUGAAAUACUACAUGCCCUUCAUAGAAAUAAAAUCCUCACCGUCAAUCAUGAAUCUAAAACAAAUAUUUAUAAUACACAGACUCAAUGUAAUAAAAUUGCUAUUUUCUCUAGUGCGUAUUUGAAUUAAAAGUAACUUUUUAGGAAUACUCUUUAUAUGUCUAUAUAUUUUAGUACAUAAAUUAGAAAAUGCUCUUCAACACAUUUUGCAUUCUUGUUUGAAUAGGAGUUAGUUACGAGGUCAUUUGAGAUUUUAUGGCAAUCCCUGUAAAAUCUGUGCUCUUUCCAAUAACUGAAGAACACUCCACGUACUUCAGCCUGCUAAGAGCUGACUUAGAACGUGGGUAGAUUUGAUUGUGAGACAUCAAGGGGUCCUCUCUUACUUGUACACACAGUGCCUCUGUUUCAAAGUGUCUUGGAAACAUUUCGGCUCCUUUCCGAGCUCCGACGUGGUCGUGGGUUUGCUUGCAAUCAGGAGGGAGUCCUGAAGGACUGCAGGUGGCCGCUCCGUUUCAGCUUGCUAAUUUGGGGAAAUGUCAUGCCUGCGACUGGAAGAACGCUUUGAUGGUUUCAGGCAGUGUGCCUCAAGUUUUCUUUUUUGUUGGUUUGUUUUUGCUGUUGUUUUGUUUUGAGGCAGGGUCUCUGUGCAGCCCUGGCUGGCCUGGAAUUUGCUCUGUAGACCGGGCUGGCCACCCUCAUGUCUUAUGAUGGCCACAAACAUUGUUAAAAUGUGUCGUGAUCUUUCUUAAGCUUUUCAUUGUCAGAUUUUAAAAUGGUGUAUGUCUUUUUUACCCCAAACAUUUCUUUGUGGACAAUUUCUUAAACCAGUUGCUUUAACUGUUGUAUUGCCCUGUUUUCCCCACCGGAAAUGAUCACCGGAGGUAAAUUUUAUGUUCAUAUUUUGUGUAUUUCUCCUGGUUUGCCAAGGCCUUGAGGAGAAGCAGUAUUCAGCUGACACGGUUUCUUUUUAGAGCCAGGGUUUGUGUGCACACUUGUGGUGCCACCACUUGAGAGCUGAACAAGGAGGUCAGAAGGUCAAGGCCAGCCUGGGAUACACAGCAAGACACUGUCUCCACAAAGCAAAGAACUCCUCUCUAGUUCUGUAUCAACGUUCUGAGUAAUGUUUUUUCUAAAUUGAAAUUGAACAUUUAAGAAGUGUAGCCUCGCUAACUGUAUACAUUCUGUACCGUUCUAGCAUAUUCACCUCCAUAAUGAAGAUUUUUGUAGUAGUUUCUUUUUCAAUAAAAAAUGAUGUUGUCUUUAUUACAGCCAGAUCAUAAAACACUAGAUUUUUAAGGGCUGAGGUUGAAGCCCAGUGGUGGAGCUCUUACUUAUCAUGUGUGCAGCCCUGGGGUUCAUCUGAGUAAAACAAGAAACAAGACACUAGAUUGUGAGUCAGAGGGUUUUAUUAAAUCCAUACAUAUAUACCCUUUUCUGUAGCAAGACAUGGGCUCACAGGCAGGUUUUUCUCUUGUGAUUCCCCCAUAACGUGUAAUUAUGACUGUAACUAUAUUCCUAUUACGGUACAAAAGCAGUGAUUCACGUAAAAUGUAGGGUUUGUUUACACAGGAAGCUAUGAAAGGGGUCUUCACACCAAAGUGUGGCUGGUUGUUUGUUUGUUUGUUUUUCAAGACAGGGUAUCUUUGGUAGCCUUGGCUGUCUUAGAACUCCCUCUGUAGACCAGGCUGGCCUCAAACUCACAGAGAUCCACCUGCCUCUGCCUCCAAAGUGCUGGGAUUAAAGGUGUGUGCCACCAUCACCUAGCCAAAGUAUAACUUUUGAAGUUUCAGAAAAUAAGAUUGUCAUUAGCAUAUUUGAACAAGUAUUUGUAAAUCAAAAAAGCAUCAAAAUAGAGAAAAAAAAAACCCUAAAACUUCUCUAGAAAAUGAAGCUUAGAAUUGGGCACAGUUGGAGGGUUUGUACUUAGAAAUUGUCUUUCCAGACUUUAAAUUCUUUUGUUCAUUCCCAAGAGUCUAUGUUUAUUGCAUUUGACAUGACCUACAAUAUUGUAUAUAUUCUUGUUGGUUGUCUCUGUAAUCAAAAAGUAUUUUAAUAAAAAAUAGAAAUGAA